UGUAUCAUUAUACUCAGGUUUUUGUUUUUGUUUUUGUGUAACAUACGAACGAAUUUGUAGCUGUUGUGCACUUAUUUCGAAAUUACAAGACCGGAAGUGUUAUUGUUCUGGAAGGAGGAACACUGGCGUUGAGAAACGUUACCCAGCAAGUACCGCUGAAUUAUUUUUUUACUUACAUUUCUGAAAACACGGUCUUUUAUUUUCGUACGUGAACUGUCGGCAGAGAAAAACGGUCGAAUAAAACGUGAGAAGCAGCGAUGGCGUCGCCGCUGGAGCUGACAGAGAUGUACGACAACGCUCUGCUGGGAAUCCUGCAGCAUGUUGGAAACAUCCAGGACUUUCUGCAGGUCUAUUUUGGGUUUUUGUACCGUAAAACGGACUUUUAUCGCCUCCUGUCGAGUCCCAACGACAAGAUGGGCUUCCCUCCCGGUGUGGCGGAGAAGAUGGUGCUUAAGACGUUUAAGCUGUUUGAGAAGCUGGCAGAGCACGACAGAGAGCGGCAGCUGAGCGAGAUGCAAAGGAGAGAGGGGAAGGAUGUUCCUCCGGCCGUUCAGGAGCUGGAGGUCGCCACUGAGCUUCACCAGGAGACGGAGGAGCAGAGCACCGAGGCAGCACAGGCGGAGAGCCCCCCCACGGACGCCGAGCAUGUUUCAGCUCCUGCAGCCUCAGAAGCGACUGUCAGCCCACAGCCCGACAGCAGCGGGGGUCCAGGACAGUUAGCUGAGGGGGACCAGGCAGCUGCAGCCAGCACAAACUCUGCAGGGGAGAGUCAGGAGCAAUUUCAGGCUGAUCCUGACAGUUACAACGGGGCGGUGAGGGAAAACUACAGCUGGUCUCAGGACUACACGGACGUGGAGGUCCGCGUGUUCGUGCCCAAGACGGUUCUGAAGGGCAGACAGGUCAGUGUAAGUCUGCAGACCAGCAGCGUGCGAGUGUGUGUGAGGGACGGAGCCGAGGAGAAAACACUGAUGGAGGGAGAAUUCACACACAAGAUCAACACUGAAAACUCUCUGUGGAGCCUGGAACCUGGACACUGUGUGGUCCUGUCACUCAGCAAGACCUCGGAGGUUUGGUGGAACGCGGUGCUGAAAGGAGAGAAGGAGAUCGAUAUAAACCAAAUUAACCGUGAGCGCACCAUGGCGUCGGUUGAUGACGAGGAGCAUGCUGUUUUGGACAGACUCACGUUCGACUACCAUCAGAAGCUGCAGGGCAAACCACAGAGUCACGAAAUGAAAGUGCAUGAGAUGCUGAAGAAGGGCUGGGACGCUGAGGGCUCACCUUUCAAAGGGCAGAAGUUUGACCCCUCUGCGUUUGACAUCCCCCCCAGUGCGGUACAGUUCUGAGACUCAGACAAAACUCAGCCAAAUAUGAACUGAACCCUGCUUUAUUUACAGGCCUGGUUGUAAUAAAGUCAACGUUUACCUGCUG